AGAGCGGAGGUUUGUAAACCGAGGCCAGAGUGUCCCCGUUGGCCGGCGCACUUUUUUUCUUGUCCCGGUGCGCUCAGGCCCUCCUGGUGCCUGAGAGGAAACAGUGGAGGCAGCGGGGCUGGUCGCCCGGGGCGUCGGCGAUUAUAUUGCGGCCGAGCCCAGGCGCGCCGAGAAAGGCCGGGAGGGCGGCGGCGCACGGGGGCUGGGCUAGGCCCCGCGACCCGCGAGGGAGGCGGCGCGAGGCCGAGGCGGCGGGCGCAGGAGCCGGGCAUGAGCGUCCAGUAGCUGAGCGCCCGCGGCUGCCCGGCCUCAGAAGCGACGCGGGCGCGCGGGCGGCAGCACCGAAGUAGCCCGGCGGCCCAGGCGGCCAGAGCAGCCGCCCCAGAGGCCCCCGCGGCAGUGCGGCCGAGCAGAGGCGCCGUUCCCUGCCUGCUUAGCACCGCCAGGGCCGCCGCCGCCCCAAUGAGUUCGUACUUCGUGAACCCGCUGUACUCCAAGUACAAGGCGGCGGCGGCGGCGGCGGGCGAGGCCAUCAAUCCCACUUACUACGACUGUCACUUCGCGCCCGAGGUCGGCGGCCGUCACGCCGCUGCCGCAGCAGCCCUGCAGCUCUAUGGCAACAGCGCCGCCGGCUUCCCGCACGCGCACCCGCAGGCGCACGCGCACCCGCACCCGCACCCGUCCCCGCCGCCCUCCGGACCGGGGUGCGGCGGUGGGGGCGGCCCGGGCCAGGACUACUUCCAUCCCGGCGGGGGCAGCCCGGCCGCUGCCUACAAGGCCGCCCCCCCUCCUCCUCCGCAUCCUCUGCCUCCGCCGCCGCCUCCCCCCUGCGGCGGGAUUGCUUGUCACGGGGAGCCCGCGAAGUUUUACGGAUACGAUAACUUACAGAGACAGCCGAUUUUUACGACCCAGCAAGAGGCCGAGCUGGUACAAUAUCCUGACUGUAAAUCGUCCAGUGGUAAUAUUGGCGAGGACCCAGACCACUUAAAUCAGAGUUCGUCUCCUUCUCAAAUGUUUCCCUGGAUGAGACCACAAGCUCCUGGUAGACGAAGAGGAAGACAAACCUACAGUCGCUUCCAAACUCUAGAGUUGGAAAAGGAAUUUCUUUUUAACCCCUAUCUGACCAGGAAAAGAAGAAUCGAGGUUUCCCACGCCCUAGCCCUCACGGAGAGACAGGUAAAAAUCUGGUUCCAGAACAGGAGAAUGAAAUGGAAAAAGGAAAACAACAAGGAUAAAUUUCCCGUUUCCCGGCAGGAGGUGAAGGACAGGGAAACCAAAAAGGAAGCCCAAGAGCUGGAGGAAGACAUAGCUGAAGGCCCGACAAAUUAACUUCUACCUUUAAAAUUUUACCACAGACUAUUAAAACUAAUGAUAACCAUAUGCUGUGGACACCACCUGUUUUCUUUGUUGAAAAAGACUUUACCUGUGUUUCAAGCUACCUUCAUAUCAUUGCUCUUGAGGUUUCUGCGCUUUGAGAGGGAUUUGGGUGUUUUAAAAAGUUUCUGGUAUCACAUAGAAGCAGUCCUUGAGCUGCCCUAUGGAAGGGUAAUUUGAUACUGACCUUGUAGCUAUAUUUUUAUAAUGGUUUUUAAUGUCUGAGCUGGUGAUUUUCCUGAACAACGUAAACUUCCUAAUGAUUAGCAUUUAAUAAUUGAAUAUAAAAUGCUUUAUUAAACAAGUGCACUUGAACGUUUAAUCUGUAUGGUGAGUAAAUUAAAAGGAGUCUAUAAAUUUUUUUAAAAAAUUAUGUCUGCAGAAUAUUUACUUUAUAUUAUUUGAUUACAAAGUAUUAUUUAUGGAUUUUUUUUUCUUCUUUUUUUUAUAAUGAAUGGUUCGGGUGCCUUUUGUUUACUCCUAAGUAGUUUCUUUGUGUAUUUUCUAAAUAUAAUAUCUCGGGGAAAAGGCUGGGCCAAAUAUUUGAAAGCACACGUUAGCUGAAGAGUGACGUGUAGUCCAGCUCUGCAGCUUCCUUAAACUUCAGGAAAAGAUUGGGCCAGUGACAAGAGUUUCAAGACAAUGUCAAAGUUGACAAUUAUUUUUCUGUAGUACACACAAAUUAAAUAAUCUAGAGUGAAUAAAUACUUGAAAAAUUAAUUAUGACAUUUUUACUCAUUAACUUUUCACUCUGGCAAGUCGCCUUGUAGAAUGCAUCUCAUUUCUUAACUUGCUUUCGUUUUGAACCGCCCUUGUAAUCGCCCGAAAUCUCUAGCUCUGUAUGCCGUGGCUGCUGCUGUGUUCCGUUUUUUUUUUUUCAGUAGAUGCCGUAUUUAUUUGUAUUGCCUUUGCUCUGUUCGCCUGCUAGUUUUAAACCAGCUUACUGUGUGCGAUGUCGGUUGGUACACCCUCUGCUGUUCUUCAAAAAAGCAAUAGCCUCACCUAUUUGAAACAAGCCCUGAGAGGAAACGCAGAAAAAUCUGAGUGUAAACAACUACUCCAGAAUGUCUCUAGCUCCUUAAUAAAGAAAUGAAUGUC